GAAAGAACAUUCAGCAAAGCAACGACGGUCAAUGGUGAUGGCCGCGGAGCUGCUAAAUGGUGGAAUCAGCCAGUCCGUCUCGAAACACCGAGGUUUAAACAUCGUCGAGAAAGCAUCGGGUGGAUUUUGUCUUGAUUCCUCUGUUGAUCUAUCGUUUUAUUAUUACAAUCGUGCAAUUCUGAAAUCGUUUAUCAUAGUUACGUAUACGUGUGAUCGUAAAAACUGCGAGUGUGUGUUUUAUUCUUAAUCGUUUGAACGAUAUUGCCGUGUGUUACGCAGACGUGGGACACAGAAAUUGAGAUGCAUUUACUUCUGAUACAAGGAUAAAAUCGACGGUCUACGCAGUUAUUAUUUCUAAGUCAUGGUCGUCUCUUUUUGACCGACUUCUCAUGCGUCACUACUUGAAUAAUGCGAUGAGAGAAUUUGUAUGCAUAUCCAAUAACGAAAACGUAAUACUGCGGAAAGGUCGGUUCAUUUGAACGAAUAUCGACCAUAAGAAGAGAAACAGCUACUUAAAUUUCAUUUCAAAGCCAAGAUAAGAAAUUAAAAAAGAUUACAAUAUAAAAUGAAGCUUGAGGGGAAUUGUUCACACGAAGAUAAUACCAAUGAAAUUUUAUUACAACCUAGGAAUGGUUCAGGUAUUCGUUUACUUGUACCAACACAACCCAAAACGAUUACGCAUCUACCGAAAAGACCGCCGGUUGAACUAGCAUUCACAGAUUUAACAUACAGGGUACGAGAAGGCAGCAAAAAUAAUGUAAAGACAAUCUUAAAAUCCGUCAGUGGAAGACUACGAUCUGGAGAACUGACAGCUAUUAUGGGGCCUUCCGGUGCAGGAAAGUCUACUCUUUUAAACAUCCUGACCGGAUAUAAAUCAACAGGUACCGAAGGAAGUAUCACAAUGAAUGGCCAUGAAAGGAAUUUUAGUGCCUUUAGAAAAUUAUCAUGCUACAUUAUGCAAGAUAAUCAACUUCAUGCAAAUUUAACUGUAGCUGAAGCUAUGAAGGUCGCUUCGAACCUUAAACUUGGGUCACAUGUAAGCAAACCAGAGAAAGAAGAAGUGAUUCAAGAAAUUCUAGAAACACUUGGUCUAUCCGAACAUCGUCGAACUAUGACUUCAAAUUUGAGCGGUGGACAAAAAAAACGGCUUUCUAUUGCGCUUGAAUUAGUCAAUAAUCCUCCAAUAAUGUUCUUUGACGAACCUACUAGUGGUUUGGACUCUUCAUCUUGUUUUCAAUGCAUUUCGCUCUUAAAAACCUUAGCUCGAGGAGGAAGAACAAUAAUAUGUACCAUUCAUCAACCCAGCGCUAGGCUGUUCGAAAUGUUUGACUCUCUAUACACAUUAGCCGAAGGACAAUGUGUAUAUCAGGGAUCUACGUCGCAGUUAGUGCCAUUUCUUAGAAAUAUCGGACUCAACUGCCCAAGUUAUCACAAUCCAGCUUCUUUCAUUAUCGAAGUAUCGUGCGGAGAAUACGGUGACAACAUCAGAAAUCUGGUGAACGCUAUAAAGAAUGGAAAAUAUGAUAUUCGAGAAGGAUACCCAUUCCCUGAAAAUAAGUCGGAAGGAUUGAAUAAUGUAUCUAGUGAUUCGUUUUCGAAAGGUGAAGGUCGUGACGAAAACGUUGAAAUGAAAGAUAAAAAUGAUGUUAAUAAUUUGGAAGAAAAGUUUCAAGAGGACAAAAUAAAGGACAUAAAUAAUAAAGGAAUUAUCCCAUCUUACGCAACUAACGAUAUUACGAAACAAGUAGAUGUAGUGAUACCGGUUGAUAUGGAGAAAAAGGAUAAUGCUGAAGUAGCCUUACUUGAUGAAUCGAUUGUAAUCACUCCAGAGAGAUACCCCACAUCGGAAUGUCAACAGUUCUGGAUUGUUUUAAAACGAGCUUUACUUUUCAGUCGAAGAGAUUGGACACUUAUGUAUCUUCGACUUUUUGCUCACAUUUUAGUAGGUUUAUUGAUUGGCGCACUUUAUUAUGAUAUUGGGAAUGAUGGUGCUAAAGUACUUAGCAACCUUGGGUUUUUAUUUUUUAACAUGCUGUUUCUUAUGUAUACAUCUAUGACCAUUACGAUAUUGUCUUUUCCCUUAGAACUACCAGUGCUUUUAAAAGAAAAUUUUAAUAGGUGGUAUUCUCUCAAGGCCUACUAUCUAGCAAUUACCAUAUCAGAUAUACCAUUUCAGGCAAUAUUCUGCAUUAUGUAUGUUACGAUUGUGUACUUUAUGACAAGUCAACCAACAGAUAUUAUGCGAUUCAGUAUGUUCUUGGGAACAUGUUUACUUAUUUCUUUCGUUGCACAAUCGGUUGGGCUAGUGGUUGGUGCAGCAAUGAAUGUUCAGAACGGCGUAUUCUUGGCACCGGUCAUGUCUGUACCGUUUCUUUUGUUCUCCGGCUUUUUCGUUAGCUUUGACGCUAUUCCAGUAUAUCUUAGAUGGAUUACCUAUCUAAGCUACAUUAGAUAUGGUUUUGAAGGAACUGCUCUGUCCACAUACUCCUUUGGCAGAGAAAAGCUUAAAUGUUUCCAGGUGUACUGCCACUUUAAAAACCCAGAAACAACGUUGGAGGAAUUAGAUAUGCUCGAUGCUGAUUUCACUCUUGAUAUCCUUGCCUUGCUUUUGAUAUUCGUUGUACUUCGAAUUGCUGCCUAUUUGUUCCUUCGUUGGAAACUAAAGACUGCACGAUAGAUUAUUGUACGAUUAUUGUCAAUUUAACAAUGUUAUAGCGUACAACACUUUUCCAAAUGGACGCUACAGAUUAAAAUAAUGCAUUUCUUCAUAUGUUCGUAUACUACAAAUCCGUGAUUAACAAUUUUGUUUCUCUUCGACAUCGAAAACUGUUCACAUCAACAAUUUCCAAUCAUCGAAGAAACCUCAUGUACCGGGAGAAUGAAUUACCACAUACUGUUUAUGCUUAUGAUUGAAGAUGUUAUAAGAUUUAGAUGAACAUAAUUUAUUCUUUGUUAGUUUUACGAUAAUAAUUCUGUGGUAACUAUUGCGGCCAUAAUUAUCUAUAUUUUUUGUUAUAUAACACAAAAAUUUUAGAAAAUGUGCAUGAACAUAUACGGUGAUCUCAAAUGGAUCAUUAGUGUGUCUAUUAUUAAUUUACAAAGUGAUAGCUAGGAAAGGGAUUAAAUUUACUGGAUCUGACUAUAAAUGAACACCCACAAAACUCUGCAGUUCUAUACAUUGAAAAGAGUUAGAGGCCUUAAUUGACAACAUUUUGCGAGUGAUCAUAUUUUUUAUCCGCCUAUGGCUGUGAGUUUAAAAAUGCAGAAAAAUAACA